CUGCCACUUCAAUCCUCCGGCUUUGUUUCUCCAGGCCCCCACGUGCCCCCGACCCACGUCGCCAGCUUCACCAACCUGACAGGUUCAGACCAUAUGUGUCACCCUGGCCUACCACCUUGUCCGCAUCGAAGGGGUCUUCUUAAUGCUUUCUCCAGGUCUCGUCCGAGGGGCCGGCUACCUUGUCGGCGUCGAAGUCGGCAUAGUCGCGCUUGUUCCACCUGUAAUCACCCGUUCCGGCCACCUUGUCGGCAUCGAACUCGGCAACGCGCUUGUUCCAUCUGUAAUCACCCGUUCCGGCCACCUUAUCGGCGUCGAACUCGGCAUCGCGCUUGUUCCACCUGUAGCCACCCUCUCCGGCCACCUUGUCGACGUCGAACGAGUCUCCCUCACGCUUGACCCAUCUUUCACCCGUCUGUCCGGCGACCUUGUCGACGUUGAACGAGUCUCCCUCACGCUUGACCCAUCUUUCACCACCCUGUCCCGCGACCUUGUCGACGUCGAACGAGUCUCCCUCACGCUUGACCCACCUUUCACCAGCCUGUCCCGCGAACUUGUCGACGUCAAAUGUCAGAUCAGCAGACUCAAUGGGAGCCGCGAAGAUUGGUGCGCUCAGCAGAGCUACAGCAAAGAUGGAGGUUGAGAACUUCAUGUUGAGACGAAUCGUUGAGUAUAAUCGCAGAAAGCUGAUGAACGUGGACAGUGACACAUACAGGAGACGGGAUGGACUACACCCUUUUAUGCUCCCCUCUUCCUGGCAUCAAGCAGGCUCCGAAAGAGGUACACGCUGCUGUGGCCAAUGAGUGCACGCCUCAACCCUCUUCGCCGAAGCGACGUCGAUCUUGCUCGUUCCUAGCCAAGGCUGAGGAGUAUCGUGCAGCACGUCGUUACAUCGUGGC